GGCGGCGGAUCUCUAGCAAGCGGCUUUAAGCCAGGAAUGAAGAUUUUAGUGAGGCUGUGAACAAGUGAAAAAGGUUAACAACUCGUGGCUUCCGUAUUACGGACACACACGCAAUAUGGCGGGCCCUUGGGCCGGCAGCGCCACCGAGGGUCACGUGACAACACUAACUUCCGGCCCCGCGCCUUACGUCCUGCGCUCUGGCGGAGACGUGCGUCCGCGGGCUGAACGCGUUGCCAGGCUCGGUAGCCCCGGCCUGGGGCGACUCAGACCUGGAAGGUCGGCCGCAGGCGCAUGGAGGGUUUCCCAGAGGGGGAGGCGCCCGCAGCGGCGCUGGCCGCCGUGCUGAAGCACAGCUCGGCGUUGCCACCCGAGAGCUCCCAGGUCCGCGGCUACGACUUCAACCGCGGCGUGGAUUACCGCGCACAUAUCCUCGAGGCCUUUGGCACCACCGGCUUCCAGGCAACCAACUUCGGGCGCGCGGUGCAGCAAGUCACGCCCCAGAUCGAGAAGAAGCUGGAGCCGCUGUCACAGGAUGAAGACCAGCAUGCAGACCUGACCCAGAGCCGCCGCCCACUCACUGGCUGCACCAUUUUCCUGGGUUAUACAUCUAACCUCAUCAGUUCGGGCAUCCGUGAGACCAUUCGCUACCUUGUGCAGCAUAACAUGGUGGAUGUAUUGGUGACCACUGCAGGAGGUGUGGAGGAGGAUCUCAUCAAGUGCUUGGCACCCACGUAUCUGGGCGAGUUCAGCCUCAGGGGGAAGGAGCUCCGGGAGAAUGGAAUCAACAGGAUUGGGAACCUGCUGGUUCCCAAUGACAAUUACUGCAAGUUUGAAGACUGGCUGAUGCCCAUUCUGGACCAGAUGGUGCUGGAGCAGAACACAGAGGGUGUGAAGUGGACACCUUCCAAGAUGAUUGCUCGGCUUGGCAAGGAGAUCAACAACCCAGAGUCAGUGUAUUACUGGGCCCAGAAGAACCACAUUCCUGUGCUGAGCCCAGCACUGACAGAUGGCUCACUGGGUGACAUGAUCUUCUUCCAUUCCUACAAGAAUCCUGGCCUAGUCCUGGACAUCAUUGAGGACCUACGGCUCAUCAACACGCAGGCCAUCUUUGCCAAGCGCUCUGGAAUGAUCAUUCUGGGUGGAGGUGUGGUCAAGCACCACAUUGCCAAUGCCAACCUCAUGCGUAACGGGGCUGACUAUGCUGUCUACAUCAACACCGCCCAGGAGUUUGAUGGCUCUGACUCAGGUUCCCGGCCAGAUGAGGCCGUCUCUUGGGGCAAGAUCCAGAUUACAGGGCAGCUGGUCUAG